AUGGGCCAUUUCGAUACAAAAUACGAAUUGAAGAAACCCUGGAUUGACACACCUUUGAUCGAGUCGGCGACACUUUCAAAGGCUGCCGGAUGUAGAAUUUUUCUCAAAUUAGAGUCGCUCCAACCGUCCGGCUCAUUCAAAUCGCGAGGCAUUGGAAACUUAAUCCUCACAUCUCUUUCUGAUCCAUCAAACAAUGGCAGAGCCCUGCAUUUUUUCAGCUCCUCAGCAGGCAAUGCGGGGAUGGCAGCAGUCAUAGCCGCCCGGGAUCUCGGUUGUCCCUGUACUGUUGUUGUUCCCCUUAGCGCGAAGCCUACGAUGAUCCAAAAAAUUCGCGCUGCAGGGGCUUCGGAUGUUGUCCGCCAUGGUGCCAGUUGGUUUGAAGCAGACGCAUAUCUGCGGGAGAAUUUCAUCGAAAAUGAAGACACCAAGUUGGAUCCUUUGGUCAGGAACAUUUAUGUCCCACCAUUUGAUCAUCACGACAUCUGGCGAGGUGCAGGGACUCUGAUUGAUGAGAUAGUUAAGCAGUUACCUCCAAGGCACUACGGCGAACCCGAUACCGAUCAUUCUUUCCCGGCAGAUGCAAUCGUUUGCAGCGUUGGUGGUGGCGGUCUUUUAAACGGGAUUAUUGAGGGCCUUGAGAGGCACUUGCCGGCCUAUCAACCGACAACGCUUCCUAACAAAGAGGUGAAGAACGUUCGAGUUCUCGCUGCUGAAACAGCUGGGGCGGACUCGCUGGCGCACUCGGUACGCAAGGGUUAUCUGCACACUCUACCUGCCAUCACAUCGCAGGCAAUCACCCUGGGGGCACUCUGCGUGGCACAGCAGACGCUGAAAAACGCGCAAUCUCCUCCGCCUGGUGUGGAAGUCACUAGUAUUGUGGGCACCGAUGCUGAUGCUGCGAAGGGAGUUGUGCGUUUGUGUGAUGAGCUGCGGUUGGAGGUCGAGCUGGCUUGCGGAAUAAGUGUCCAAGUUGGGUUAGAUAGGCUAAGGGAAGUCAUGCCAGAACUCACACCGGAUAGUCGAGUUGUUAUCAUUGUAUGUGGAGGAAAUGAUGUUUCCCCUGAAAUUAUCUCGGAUUACCGCCAGAAGCUUGCCAAUGGUUGGCGAUGA